GGGCUUCCGGUUGGGAGGAAGUUUUAAGGCCCGCCCCCUACCCGGCGCUCAGAGCAGUUUCUAGAACCCCCCCCCCGUGGUAGCUCAGUUUUUGCGGGGAGCUGAAUGUUGGGUUUUUUUUUUUUAAAUGGUAUUUGUUAAAAGGUUAUUAUGGGUCAAACUCUGGGGUAGAUGCAAGUUUAUCAGGUUGGACACAGUCCCCGGGCCUCCAAAUUGGAGGCUCGAAGCCCCCUUUUCCAGCCGAGGCAGCAGAGGAGCGGCCCCGUCCCAAAUCACCCAGCAGAAGUGACUUGGUAGGAGAGGUAGGAUUAGAACUCAGGUCCUCUGCGUCCCACUUGGUCAUGCUGGUCUCCCUGGGGCCCGGAGAGGACCGCCAGCCUGGAUGGAGAGGUCCGGCAUGAUGUUCCAGAUCCCUCUGCCCCUGGACCGGGAUGGGACCCUGUUCCGGCUCCGCUUCACGGUGCUGGCGGUGGGGACGGUGUGCUGUCCGCUCUUCGGCUUCUCCUUCUGUGUCUUCUGGUCCUUGCUGUUCCACUUCAGGGAGACGACGGCCACGCACUGUGGGGUGACCCCCGGCGCCAUGCUGCCCGCCACCUCGUACCCGCUGGACCCGGACGGGACGGUGUUCCGCCUGCGCUUCACCUCCGUGGCCCUCUUGGUCGGCUUCUUCCCCUUCUUCGGCUUCUUCUUCUGCCUCGUCUGGUCCCUGACCUUCCACUUUGAGUACACCGUGGCCACCGACUGUGGGGUGCCCAACUAUUUGCCGUCGGUGAGUUCGGCCAUCGGGGGCGAAGUUCCCCAGCGCUACGUCUGGCGGCUGUGCAUCGGCCUGCACUCGGCGCCCCGCUUCAUGGUGGCCUUCGCCUACUGGAACCACUACUGCAGCCGCCCCUCCCCCUGCCUCGGCUGGGCCCAGCUCUGCCGCCUCAACUUUGGCCUCAACGUCCUGGAGAACCUGGCCCUGCUUGUGCUCACCUACGUCUCGUCCUCCGAGGAUUUCGUCAUCCAUGAGAACGCCUUCAUCACCUUCAUCGCGGCCUCCCUGAGCCACAUGCUGCUCACCUGCAUCCUGUGGCGGCUGACGAAGAAACACACAAUAAGUGUGGAGGAGCGCAAGUCGUACAGCUGGAAGCAGCGGCUCUUCGUCAUCAACUUCGUCUCCUUCUUCGUGGCCUUGGGAGUCUAUUUCCGGCACAACAUGUACUGUGAGGCGGGAGUGUACACCAUCUUCGCCCUCCUGGAGUACAUGGUGGUGCUGUCCAACAUGGCUUUCCACACGACCGCCUGGUGGGAUUUCGGCAACAAGGAACUCGUCAUUUCCUCGCAGCCUGAGGAGAAGCGCUUCUGACCUCCCCCAUCACGGGGAGUGAGGCGGGGAGCAGCCACAGGGAACAGACCCGUGGAGUCUGAGCCCUCGCACCCUCACGUCUUCACCCCCGGCUAACUGAGGGGUGGGGCAGAGUGGGGAGAGCGACCCCCGCUCCCCAACCAAGGAUAAACACUUCAGCAGAUCCUGUGUUCCAGAUAGGGACAGACCGGCCCGGGUCUGAGUUUGGAAGGCGGGAUGGACAGGGACCACCUCCCCUUUGCCAAAAGCCUCCUCGACAGCUCCUCCCUGGACACAGGCCUCAUCCAAUUGCUCCACACCUGACCGUAGGUCCCCAUCUCUCAGUCCUGCCUCAAUCCCUCAUCGGGGACCUCACGAUCUCGCCAAACACUGCCAGCUGUGGAGCAGGGCCCUAGAACCGGGGUGGGGGUGUGCUCCUCCCAGCCAAGGGGUCGUGUCUCCCCGAUCCUUGGUGGUGGACACAGAGGAUCUGGUGCAUCCACCCGCCGCCCCGUUAAUCACUGCCUGGCCCCCGUACCUCGCCUCUCGUCGGCCCUUCAGCCGUCUCGGUCUGGCUUUGACGUCUCAAGAGAGGUCAAGGGAUACUGUCCCAACCCUCCGCUGCUGGUUGUACAUUUUCUUGGUUUCAAUAAAAAAAUAAAUAUUUUUUACCAACC